CGAGCAGUCAUGGCAGCUGCCUGUUCAGCGUGCUUGCGGCGGCUCCGAACAUUAACUACUCAGCUCUCUGUGCUCUCCAUACGGAGCAUUAAUAUAAAUGUCCGCUUGUACUCGUCUGAUGACCCCAAAUCCGAAGUCAGCUUCAACUCAGAGGAAGAUGAUCUUCAAGAAAUACGAAGAACGCUGAAAAGACAGCAAAAAGCAAUUAAGUUUGAACGUAUGAAAAGGGAAAUGGAGCCUCGCGGACCACUGGAAAGGACCCUCACCUGGAACGCAAUUGAACAGAUAAGGUAUCUGAAACAAGAGUUUCCUGAGGAGUGGACUGUACCUCAAUUGGCUGAAGGGUUUAAUGUCAGCCCUGAUGUCAUCAGAAGAGUGUUGAGAUCAAAAUUUUCUGUGCCUGAAAAGCGUAAAGUUAAACAAGACUUGAAAGUUUCUAAACUUUUAGGAUAUGUCUCUCAAACCCCUAAGAAGGGUGCAUUACAGCUGGCUCCUGGUGCAAAAUACCCAACACAGCAGGUUCUGCCAUCUGGGGUCAAUGAAGAGCAAGCGGCGCUACGUCUUAUUCCUCCCGCAGAAAAAAUACAAUCUAAUGCUCUGACCGUGAGAAUAAAGGAUGCGCUUACGCAUGGAAACAAAGGGAACAUGCAACCCUCCACACAGAUGGCCCAAGACAAUAUGCCUGGAGUCGUCCCAGUCCAGUCUCAAACUCAGGUAACUUUAAAUGAAGAUUCAGGAGCUGACCCAGCACCAUCUUUUGAGGGGGAACAGGGAAUGCUUGAUGAAGAAUGGGACGGCGAAGUGUUAAACGAUGCUGAGUUGGAAGAGUUAGCAAAAAGUGGUGUUAAAAAUCAGAUGCAAGUCAUACAGAAAGGAAAGGAGUUUUUUGAUGGUGAUGGCAAUUUUCUUUAUAGGAUCUGACCACUAAAUGGGAAUAGGGCAUCUCAUAGUAAAUUGGAUGAUUCCCAUCCUUUGAAUUGACUUUUUUUUAACCUUCUGUAAUACAGGAACACAGGUCUAGUACUA